AUGUCAAUAUGGAAGAAUAGUCGGCAUCGAAAGCAACACAGUGAUGAAAGCUCAUCAACAUCAACAGCAAGAUACUUCUUUACCCCUUCCAAAAAGAUUCGUCUUAUUCUUUUUCUUGCCAGUGUUGGCGUUCUAUUAUUCACAGUGGAACUUCAACGGAAGCUUUUUCAGACGGCACUGAACGAUGAGAACACUCAAUCUUGGUGGUCAUUAUCCUUCGUGACACCUUCCGCUGUAUAUUAUCCUUCUUCUGCUGCUGCUGCUGUUUUUGGCAAAGGAUAUCCAAAUCGACGUCAAAAAUUAUCAUCAUCAUCAUCAUUAUUAUUAACCAAUGAGAGUUGGAACGAAUGGGAGCACAAGUUUCGAGCCAACCAUACGAUGCUCUUGGAACAACUUCAGAAAUCAUCGGUCUAUGGGAGUACAUAUGAUGAUGAUCAUGAUCAUGAUGGUAUUGUUGACGUAAAGUGCUCAGUGGACUAUCUACGAGAUUAUGUGCAAGUGACACGGCCAGCUACCGAUUUGUCACCGUUGCCGAAUGAUUGCGAUUGGCCAAAGAGAUUGAAACAACAACAGCAACAGCAACAGCAAUGGAAGAAUGGUAAUAGUCAAUCACCAGUUCCAGUACUCUUGUCGGAUGCUACUAUUGAUGCUACUAUUGAUGCUGAUAGUAAUGACAACAAGUGUCAAUUGGUCCACUUUUCAGCCACACAAGCCUGUCAACUAUUGAACGAACGUCGUGCUGCCGUCAAUCAUGAUCACACUAAGAACCACGGACAACAACCACAACAACAACAACCGAUUGUCCUACUCUUCAUUGGCGACUCGUUGAUUCGGCACAUUGUGAUUGGAUUGGGGAUUGUGUUGACUGGCAAUGUUCGACAGGGUGGAGUGCAGUACAUUCAUUCCAAUCCGCAUGACGAUUUGGGACAUGUCUGGAAACGAGCCUGUUCCUGUGAAAAUCAAUUUACAUGUGCGACAUUGAAACAACAAGAUGACAUGGGGCGAUUCACUCAUGCCUUUGGAUACAAUAAUAUGACCUACUUGAAUCAUGUGGAUUGGUGUCAAAAGAGUAAUAACAUUGGUAUUGAUACUCGUCAGCAUCCACCAAGAACGUACCAAAUCAUUUUGGAGCAACAAAACAACAAUCCCAAGAUAUCGCCAAUGGUGAGGCAACUCAUUGCCAAUCAUGCAAAAUAUCAUUCUGCAUUUGUCAUUGUGACGGAUGCUUCCGCCUUGCACUCCGGUUUGAAUAUUCGCAAAACGAGACGGUUUCUCGACAAAUUGGAGAACUUAUUGCGCUUACAAUCAUCGUCAAGAAGCUCUUGGUUGAUUAUACCAAUGACAGUCCAUCAUGUGGGGGCCAACAAACCCAACGAAUUUUUGGAACAACAAGGAAGGCAACCAGUCGAAGACUACAAUCAGCAAUUGCGUACUUGGGUGGAACAAAAGAAGACGAACUACAGAUUGCUAGACACCUACAGUAUGACCCAAGGCCUGCCCAGUAACGAUGGGACGCAUUAUCCAUCGGCCAGUGUGGCACUGGCACAAAUAUUGCUGCUGUAUCUUCGAGAUUAUCUUCCAGCAACAGUUGUUAGGGAUGGAGGUGCAGCAGCAGUACAGGAAGAAUGA